UUUGGACCGAACAGAUUACAUAUCGAUAAGCAGGACGUGCCAGCUAGUCCUAAUUGAGAAGGUUGAUCUGAUGGUACCCCUGGACUGUGAAUAGCAUCACACUUUCCUCUUAGCGACCUUCAGAAACGGCUUCCUCCUCGUCCAAGCGCUUUGAGACCAGACCCUCGGGCUAUGAUACUUGGGGAUGCUUGUGGAGGUUGUGGUAGUAAUCGGUCGAGACUCCUACAAUAGGGUAUGUUUGGCCGGGCUGGGAGAGAUCGAUAUCGGCGUAUGAUGGAGGGAUGGUCGAGUUUGUCGUGCCUCGUAGGAUGACUACUUAUACUCAUGUAUCCCCCCCCCCCCUAUGACCUCUUCCCCUAGACAGGCUAUCCAGACAUCUUUACUCAGUCUCAGUCUCGACACACAUCACCAUGAUCCCCAACGUCCUCACCGUUGCCACUCUGGCUGGCGCAGCCAUGGCUGCUUGCCCACUCUCUGUCCAGAUUGUCGGCGCAGACCAUCACGUCGCCCAAGUCUCCGUCACCAACACCGGAGCCGAGCCCAUCACAGUCUUCAAGGGCAACACGGUGCUCAGUGAACACGCUACCAAGGAUCUCGUCGUGACUGAUGCCUCCGGCAAGGCACUUCCCUUCGAGGGCUCCUACGUCAACUACAAGCGUAGCGGCGUCUCUCCCGACAUGUUCCAGACCCUCCAGCCCGGCGAGUCCGUCACAGCCUCGGUCAACGCCGCCAGGACCUACAGGCUCUCCGGCGUCAAGAGCGCCAACAUCUCGGCCCUCCAGGGUUUCAAAUACGUCACGGGAACGACCGCGCCCGACUCGCUCAAGGACCUCUCCUUCUGCGAGGCCAGCUCGGACUCGUACACCAUCACGCCCGACCAGAGCAAAGCCGCCGAUGACCACAUCUCCAAUCGCCUAGCAGGAGCACCCGCCUCCCGUAUCGCCAGGCGCUCCGUUACCUACCACUCCUGCUCCGCCUCGCAGACCAACGCCCUCAGGACCAGUGUCUCCGACGCCAUCUCCAUGGCCGGCGCGGCCUACACGGCGGCCGGCUCGGCGGCGGACUACUUCACCACCUGGUUCAAGUCCACCUCCGUGGAGUCCAAGGUGCGCUCCAUCUACAACGACGUCAAGAACGUCCAGAGCACCUCGCCCGCCAUCUCCUGCGCCGACACCUACGGCGACUGCUCCGACGGCAGCGCCCUGCUGUACACGAUCCCCAGCGCCAACACCAUCGUGCCCUGCCCCAACAACGGCUUCUGGGGCUUCCCCGAGUUCGCCAGCACCUGCGCCGACGACGACUAUGACAAGGCUGGCAGCAUCCUGCACGAGAUGACGCACCUGUUUGGCACGGAUGACUAUGCGUACGGCCAGGCGGCUGCGAAGCGGCUCUCGGCUGCGCAGGCAGCGGCGAAUGCUGACAGUUAUGAGAUCUAUGCUGGGAGUGUGCGUCUUGGUGGGUGCAGCUCUUAGAGGAGGAGGAUCAAAAUGGGUGGCGGGCACGAUGUGACUGAUCUGGUGGUGACAAAUUCCAUGAACCAUCAUGAUAAUUUAUGACCAUUGAUGCCUCCGAUGGAUAGGCCGUGGUUUGAUGAUGAUGUAGUAUCAGAUAGACGGAUAUGAACUGCUUGCUUCCUCCGAGUCGUAUGUCCGAAUGUCGUGCGGUGGCCAGUGAGUCCCUCACCGUCAAUUCAUUCGUUCAGUCUUAGCGGACAGGUGCCGUAACGGUUUGUUGCCCUCUGAUAUCUUUCAGUCUUAUGGGAGCUCGAAAGAGACGGAUAGAGGCAUAAGAACAGACUGGGAGAGACCGAAAAGAGGCUUUCGUGGCGUAAUAAAUUCUGGUUAUUGUUAGUGAUUAGGGUCAAACGAAGACCAGUUUGAGGCCGUUUAGUGCUCUAAUUGAGAGCCUUCCGCGAGAUUGAUGGUUACGGGUGAUUGUCGAGGACGGUAAGUCGCGGGAGAAGGUGUCUUCGGAAUAAAAAAAAGAAAGGAGAGAGAAACCCAGAUCACCCAGAUCAGGCAGUGGGUGGGAUGCUU